GCGCCUGGGGGAAAGAACAGGAUAGUGGAGUGAGGGUAAACAAACGGAGGUGGGGUCCGCUAGCCAAGAGAUCGUUAAAACCUGCUGCCCUGCCUUUAAAGGGAGGGACAGACAGCAAUAGAUGCAAAAACAGCAGAGUAAAAGAGUCGCAGAGGCAGGAUAAUAGCAAAGAGAGAGAGAAAAAGACGGGCAAGAGAGGAAGACGAGAAACCAGGAGAGUAACAAAAGGAGAAUGGAAAUACAGCAACAGAGAAAAGAGAAAGGCAGAUCGACAGAGAGAGGAACUAUCAUAACUGGAAGUCAGUGAAGUAGCGCUCGAUAAACAUUAAAAAAACUUUGAAUUUUAAACAUUUUGAGCUGAAAAUCAGAAGAAGCAGAAAAGGCAAAUUUAUAGCCUUUGCUUUGGAGAUUUUGGCGUUUGAGAAGCUAGGACUCCGUCAGCGAGAUGGAGAAGUAUGAGAAGCUGGGUAAAAUCGGGGAGGGUUCCUAUGGGGUGGUGUUCAGGUGCAGGAACAAGGACACGGGUCAGAUUGUGGCCAUCAAGAAAUUUGUGGAAUCGGAAGACGAUCCUUUGAUAAAGAAGAUUGCAUUGAGAGAGAUCCGUAUGUUAAAGCAACUCAAACACGUGAACCUAGUUAACCUGUUGGAGGUAUUCAGGCGGAAGCGCAAACUGCAUCUGGUCUUCGAGUAUUGUGACCACACAGUACUGAAUGAGUUGGACAAGUACCCCAGGGGAGUUGCAGAGGAUCAAGUGAAGAGCAUCAUAAGGCAAACACUGCAGGCUGUCAACUUCUGUCAUAAGCACAAUUGCAUCCACAGAGAUGUGAAACCAGAGAAUAUCCUCAUCACCAAGCACGGAGUCAUCAAGCUCUGCGAUUUCGGCUUUGCAAGAAUCUUGACUGGUCCAGGGGAUGACUACACUGAUUACGUGGCAACUCGCUGGUACCGUGCCCCGGAACUUCUGGUCGGAGAUACGCAGUAUGGACCACCAGUGGAUGUCUGGGCAAUAGGCUGUGUUUUUGCUGAGCUCACCUCAGGCAAUCCUCUGUGGCCUGGCCGGUCAGAUGUCGAUCAGCUCUAUCUAAUCAGGAGGACACUGGGUGAUCUCAUCCCUCGGCACCAGAAGGUGUUUAGUUCCAACCAGUUCUUCAGUGGAGUCAGUAUUCCAGUUCCUGACAUUAUGGAACCAUUGGAAGUGAAGUUUCCACACAUAUCUGCUCAGGCACUUCACUUAAUGAAGGGCUGUCUGAUGAUGAAUCCCUCAGACAGGCUGACAUGUGAACAGUUGCUGCAGCACCCACACUUCGACAGCUGCCGUGAGGAGAUGGACAAAGAUGCUGAGAAGCUAAACAGGAAGCAUGAGAAGAUGCCACGCAGGCGCCCACCUGGCCUCCAAUACCUGCCUCAACUAACAAGCAGCAACAUCUCGCCAGCGCCCGAAACCAAGAAGUACCACCGGCACAAGAACGACCAUCACUUGCCCAACAUCUGACUAUAUGGCAGCAAAAGCCAGCGAACCCAGCCAAACACCCAUCUGCACUUCCACAACUUCCCCAGCAAGUGGAACUCCUGACAGAACACUUCCAAAGCCACUCUGCAUUUAAAAAGGAGACGGCCAUUCAAUAGAUAGGUGUUUAAGGAGGGGUUUUGGGCUGGACAGGGACUUGUGUACCUGUGUUCUUAAUUUGGCGCCAUAUUUGUGCAGGAGGUCCAAGCCCUUCACAUGAAUGGAAGUCCCGUCAAGUAAUAUGACAGGCCUGUGCUGAUAUUGCAAUGUUUGGUGCAGACUGCCUAGCAAAUAAUACCACCCCUGUCGGCCAGGCACUUUUAAAUAAAUGAAGAUACUGGAGACAUUA